AUGAUUCAGAGUUGCAACGAACCUGAACUGCCACGCUGUUCCUGGCAUCUUUUCGUUGCGCUCUAUCAGCCAAAUGGCUAUAGAGAGGAGUUGCUGGAUAUUCUUAUCAAAGAUCACAGACAAUAUGUCGAGAAGGACUGUUAUCCAGUACCGAUUACACAAGGUUCCUGUUAUCCGUUCACUUCGAUCGAUCAGAUGAGCCUGAUCUACAUAUAUCACGUGUGUCACAUGUUCAAACCAGAGAAUGCGGAGGGUUUACAUUUAGAG